AGAACUGGUUUGAGAUUAAGCCCCGGCUCUGAACCAGCCCUCGAGCUGUCAUGCUGGAAGAGAGCAGGUGAACAUGGAGGAAAAUAUGGACGUCGACAGUCUUAUUCAACACAUUGAACGAGACACGGAGGCCACUUCAUUUCCCUUAUCAGUCACCGACGACUGGAGGGAGGACGGGAACGAGACCACUGGGAAUCAGUUCCAACAGCCAGACUGGCAGGUGGCUCUCUGGGCUAUAGCCUACUCCCUAAUCAUCCUGGUGUCCAUCACUGGGAAUGUCACAGUCAUCUGGAUUAUCCUCGCUCACCGACGCAUGAGGACCGUAACCAACUACUUCAUCGUCAACCUUGCCUUCUCCGACGUCUCCAUGGCAACCUUCAACACCCUUUUUAACUUUGUCUAUGCGCUUCACAACGACUGGUACUUUGGUCUGGGCUACUGCAGAUUUCAGAACUUUUUCCCCAUCACUGCAAUGUUUUCAUCCAUAUACUCCAUGGCUGCCAUCGCGGUGGACAGGUAUAUGGCCAUCAUCCACCCUCUGAAGCCCCGCCUCUCCUCCACCUCCACAAAGGUCGUGAUCGCUCUGAUUUGGAUCGUGGCGAUUUCAUUGGCCUUCCCUCAGUGCUACUACAGCGUGACCAGGUUUUAUUACCCCAGGACCGUGUGCAUGGUCAACUGGCCCGAUGAUUACGGAGGAAAACAUCAACUGAGUUACCAGUUUGCAGUGAUAUUGCUGAUCUACGUCCUCCCUCUGCUGGUGAUGCUGGUGACCUACAGUUUGAUCGGCCAAACGCUGUGGGGCGGACACAUCCCAGGGGAGGCGACGGAGCAUUACCACAGCCAGAUGACAGCCAAGAGAAAGGUGGUGAAGAUGAUGGUUGUCGUGGUGGUGACCUUUGCCCUCUGCUGGCUGCCCUACCACACCUACUUCAUACUGGGAUCAUUCAACAGAGACAUUUAUAAACAACACUACAUUCAGCAGGUGUACCUGGCCAUAUUCUGGUUGGCGAUGAGUUCCACCAUGUACAAUCCUAUUAUUUACUGCUGUCUAAACCAAAGGUUCCGUGCUGGUUUCCGUCACGCGUUUGCUUGGUGUCCCUUCAUCAAAUUGUCGGAGGAGGACAGGAUGGAGCUGCAGCACACACACACCUUCAGAGUCACCAUGACACGCAGCCACCGUAACAACGCCUCGUACACACGCGCCUCCAUCAAGACCAGCGCCCUCGACUCAGACAUCAAAACUGAGCUGAACCCGGAGAGCGAUUCUUCUGUGCAUCUUGACAAAUGCACGUCAGCGUACAACACACACCGGGUGAAGAGUCUGGAUGACCCAAAAUCAGCAGCUGACGAACUUAUGGAGCACAACCACUGAAGUCAUGAUGAGGACAUUCUUAGAUGGCAGACAGCAGGGCUCUUCUGCAGAGCUGAACUUCACAAAGAAGCCACCGACAGCCAAUCAGAGCUGUUCAAACUGUGGCAACGUUCAUCCACCUGGACAGGACAGGAUGUGUUGUCCACGUGACCUGGGACUACGAACAUGUUUUUAUAUAAACAACUCUAUGUGAAUUAGAAGCUGUUGCUGUUAAUGCCAACGUGGUCAUAUCAACAUGU